AUGCCACGUAAGCUACGUAAGAAUAUACGUAAGAGGAAGAGAGCAUUGAAACAUCCAAUAGUAAGACUAACACCACAACAACAGUUGCAACAACAAAUGCUGAAUGACCCCACUAUGUUGCAACAAAUGUCAAGCAAUCCUAUGCUUUUAAACCGAGUUCUUGGUGCACAGAGUGGAGGUUUAAGAGCGGCACUUUUAGCGAAAAUGGCAGGCUAUGGUGGAGCUGCAGACGGAACAGCCUAUAACCCUCAAAGUCAAAUGAAUUUGAGUUCACUCAAAAAUCAAAUAACAGAUGUCAAAAAGUCAAACAUAGACAUACAGAAGCAAAUAAGUGAAAACGAAAAGAAACUAGAAUAUGACAGACACACAAAGAAACUCAAUGAGUUAAACGUAGAGAAAAAGAAGAAAGAAGAACAACUGAAAGAACUAAGUACAGAGGAAUAUGCGAAAAAAGUGUCAGAAAAAGCAGCAGAAGUAGCAAAAAUGGAACAAGAUGUCAUAAAUUUGAAAAACCAUACUACUCAAUAUAAAGUACUGAAAGAUGAAGAAAUAAAACAAAAAGCCCUGAAGACAUAUAUGGAUAGCGAUGAGUAUAAAAAAGAAGUUGAAGCAAAUGUAAAGGCAGAAAAACUUUUACAGUUGCAAAACCAAACCGUACAGUAUGAAAACUUAGCACAAGAAAGUAA